ACAUAAUGAGAUUAGCCAUUUCAUGAAAUUUCCUUGCCAGUUAUGCGGGAGAGAAAAUAGAAGGGGGUCGUUGAGCAUAAGUAUUAAAUUUUAGGAGAAGUUAAAGUAGUAGAUUUUGUAAAUAUUUUAUUUGUGUAAAAUUUGUCCAAAUCAGCGUAAUUUACCUUUCAAAUAUAGGACUUCUUCUUUGUCUUUCGAGGAAGCUUCUAGGGAUCUUCGGAUGGAAGCUGCACCGCCAUUACCUUGAUUGAUUGUACAAGUAAAAGAAAACCCCAAUUGAUUCGUUUUGAAGAGAAGGGAGGAGAAAAUGCUCAAUUGACAUACAGAUUUGUCAUCCUUUCCAUUUAAAAGCUAUCUUCUUCAUCCACUCCGAACUGCCCGUCUAUAUAUAUAUAUAUAUAUAGCUAUCUUAUAUAAUGGAUGAAUGGUUGAAGAAGGCUGCUCAGGAGGGAAGCAUCAAAAGUCUGUAUGCAUUGCUUCGAGAGGAUCCAAGUAUUUUCGAGCACAAUAUCGAUGAUAAAUUGUUUGCUGAUACUCCUUUACAUGUGGCUGCAUCAACAGGUGACCUUCGGUUUGCCGCAGAAGUGAUGAGGUUGAAGCCAUCAUAUGCCAGGGCGUUCAACCGAGACGGGCUUAGCCCCAUCCACGUUGCUCUGCUGAAUGGGCAUGAUGGCAUCGUGGAUUGGUUCGUCACCGUUGAUAGCACCUUGGUCCGUCAAAGACGAGGGGAUGAUGACAUGACGUGUUUGCAUUAUGCGAUUGCUCAAGGAAAUGAAAAUCUUUUGAGAUUGUUUCUGUUGGAUUGCCCAAGCUCCAUUCAAGAUUCCACAGCUAAACAAGAAACUGUACUUCAUGUUGCUUUAAAACACAACCACCUUAGGAUUUUUGAGGCGUUGGUGGGAUAUUUACAGAAGAUCCAAUACGAAGACAUCUUAAACAGGCCCGAUGAGAAUGGAGACACCGUCUUGCAUAUGGCGGCGCGCAACAAUCAAACCGAGGCUGUGAAAUUGUUGUUGAGCAAAAAAUUGUUGAGCAACAAUUAUUAUAUGUUUGUUUCCUUUUAAUGAAUGAGUAACAACAACUAGACUUAUUGUUAA